AUGUCGGCUAACUUCCACGCGCUCGUCUUUGGAGCAUCUGGUAUUUCAGGAUGGGCGCUUGUGAAAGAAGUCCUGAGCUAUCCCUCUCCCACCACUUUCAGUCAGGUUACGGCCUUGUCAAAUCGUCCGUUGUCGAUCUCGGAGGCGCAGUGGCCAGAUGAUUCGCGACUUCACCUGGCUAGCGGUAUUGACCUCACCACAGGGGUCGACACUGUUGUUGAGGCACUCAAGGAAAAAGUCCCCAACGUCGCCACUGUUACCCAUGUCUUCUUGUUUGCCUACAUUGACCCAGGGAAGGACCAAAAGACGCUCAAGGAGGUCAAUACCAAGGUUGUCAAAACCGCGGUUGAGGCAAUGCAACAGGUCUCGCCUAACAUCAAGAGCUUCAUCCUCCAAACGGGAGGAAAGGCAUAUGGCCUUGAACGCCCCGAUGUCGUCAAAAUUCUGCCACCACUCAAGGAAACCUACCCUCGCGUCCCGAAGCCCAUCGCCGACGAGAUCUUUUACUACUCACAAUAUGAUGUCCUUGAUUCUCUGUCUCAGGGAGCCUCCUGGACUUUCACUGAGGUCAGGCCAGACGCCAUGAUUGGGUUUGUGCCAGGGACAAACGUCAUGAAUCUCGCACAAGGCCUGGCGUUCUACCUUAGCCUGUAUCGCGAAGUCCACGGACCCGGAGCCAAGGUCCCAUAUCCUGGCGCUGAGCAUGGCUAUCACCACAAACACACGGACACCUUUCAAGACAUUGCAGCCAAGAUGGAGAUCUAUGCGGCAUUGAACCCAGAGAAGUGCGGCUCUGGAAAGGCUUUCAACGUGGCCAACGGCGACGUGGUGACUUGGGCUGACAAAUGGCCUGGAAUUUGCGCAUACUUUGGCCUCGAAGGCAUCGGCCCUCAGGGCAAAUUCGAACCACCUGCCGAAUUUGUGAAGAGGCACUCUGAAGUCUGGGACAAAAUGGUCGAAAGGGACGGCCUCAAAGCUAGUCGACUGGACUUGUAUUACUGGCCCUUCAUGGACUUUUUGAUGAACAAGGCAUUCUUUGAUCGCCAAUACGACCUGAGCGCAGCCCGGGCCGUCGGAUUCGAGGAAACCAUUGAUACUGUCCAGUCUUAUACAAUCGCCUUUGACAGGAUGAGAGCAGCCAAGGUCAUCCCAUAG